AUGGACGUGGCUCACAGUGAUACGUAUGAAGAACUAGAUUUGGAAGCAGCUGUCGAGCAAGCCAAAAGUUCUCAAGGGAUCUCUUACGUGUUGACUGACCGGCAAAAAGGAGCCAUUUACAGUGUGUUGAAAGGUAAUGACACAUUUGUGAACCUACCUACCGGCUAUGGAAAGUCAAUGGUGUAUCAGUUGGUGCCACAAUGUGUUGACUUCAUGAAAUUAAAGCAGGGUCACAAGGAAAGCGCAUCGGUUGCUGUGGUAAUUUCACCUUUAGUUUCUCUCAUGAGGGAUCAGGUGAAAACGUUGAGGCAGAGAAAUGUCACUGCAGGUUACGUCACUGAUGUCCUAAAGCAACCUGUGGAAAUGGCCCUCCUGAGACAGGGUAAACUGUCCAUUGUAUUUGCAAGCCCGGAGACACUACUUGGUCCACUUGGAAGAGAGUUACUUACAUCUUCAGUGUACCAGCAUAACCUUUGUGGGAUUUUUGUAGAUGAAGGUCACUGUGUCGCUAAGUGGGGUUUUAAGUCUGGCAAACUGGAUGCUUUCAGGAAAAGCUAUAGCUGUAUUGCCGAGGUGAGGUCAUUAGUUCCAAGCACGGUGCCAAUGACUGCUUUGACUGCAACCGCCUCACCAGAGGUCAAGAAAACCAUCCUCCAAUCACUGGGAAUGUCCAAUGUCAACACAAUCCAAGUUUCUCCCGAAAGAACAAACAUUAAGUACUCAGUCACUAGCACUCUGGCAAAAGACCCUGACUCACAAUUCCACUGGCUUUUCAGAGACAUUCAGGAGCAUCGGAAGCAAACUCCGAAACUGAUUAUAUUUUGCCAGACACACAGGCAAUGCAGAGAGCUCCAUGCUGCCUUUGAGGAUAAUCUUGGGGAGGAUUUGAUAUUUCACAUUGCUAUGUAUCACAGCUGCACGGAAGAGCAACGUAAAGAAAAGGUGAUGGAAGAUUUCACAAAGGCUGGUAGUUUUAUUAGAGUACUGAUAGCAACCGUUGCUUUUGGCAUGGGAGUCCAUGUAGAGGAGUUGUAUAAUGUUUUACAUUAUGGUCCAGCACGCGAUGUCGAUGACUAUUUCCAAGAGACUGGACGGAUUGGUCGAGAUGGAAAACAAAGUUAUGCAACCCUUUUAAAUGACAAAUGUGAUUGCAGCAGUGACAGCUGCAAUGCUGAUGUAACAAAAGGAUGGUUAGCGAAACACCUGAUGAGGCCUUCAGCAAGCACCGAGACUCCUCAACAUUUCCACCCCCAAAUGAGGACAGUCACGGAUAGUCAAAGGGUGGAACUCCAACAAAAAGUUGAAGCAUAUAGAGAUAGUUUGUUGCAGGGCCAAGAAGACGCAAUGUACAGUGGUAUCGACAUGACCAGCGGCAUUUCUGUGUCACUUAUUAGCACAAUUGUGCAGAAUUGCCACUUGAUAUGUUCAUAUGAAGACCUACUGAAGUACCCAUUUUUCAAUGACACUGAUGCAAAGGAAAUUUGGAAUGUCAUAACAGAGACUCUUGGCACUGAAUUCUCCUCUGAUAUUGUCUGCGACACUGACUCAGACAGUGAAUCAGACGACUCGGUGGAGGACGAGCAAUCACAGCAUUCAAGUGAAGACAUUGUUUCACGACCAGUUUUGUCUUCAAACAGCAGUUCUUCUAGUGAUUAA